AUGGAUUGUACAGAAGAUGAAUAUGGUGACAAUUUUUAUCUUGACGCAAAUGAGCAGAGUCUCAAGCGUUCAUUUAAGAAGAUUAAGAAAUCAUGCAACUAUUUUCGAGACAAUAAAAUAACUAACGAGAAAAUAAAAGAACUAAACAAGGCAUUGUUCGGGAGUAUAUCGCCUUAUUCCGUAUUUAGUGACAUAAUAGGAUUUUUUGAAAAUAAGUCGUGUAUCGCUCAAUAUAAAUUUCGUUUUAUGUCAGGUAUAAUGAGAGAUAACCUUGACGAUUCUGUCACACAUAUUUUUGUAGAAGACAAUGAGACAAGCGCUAUUAUAAAAAACGUGAAAGCACGUGAGCAAAUAUCUGCGAAAAUUGUGAAAUGUAAGUGGAUAGAAGAAUGUUUCCGAAAUGGACACUUAUGUGAUAUCACAGAUUAUCUGAUUGAUUAA